CGCGUGUCACCCAUUUUCGAUUCGUCUCAUCUUCACGUUCACAUCAAACCCUGAAAAACAAAACCAAUCACCAUUGAUGCAAGAUUCCUUCCUCACAAGUCACAACACUACAAAGCUGUAAAUAAAAAAAUUGAAAACCCAUCAAAACCCCAUUUUUUUUUCUCGUAAUUGCUCAUCCAAACCAGUUAAAAUUAAGAAUCUUAUCAAUCUGGCUUUUGAUUAUUGAUUCUUUGGUGGGUUAUUUUGCAAGAAUCACUUUCAAGAAAGUCCGCUCAUAAAAAAGUCUCCCUUUUGGAUCUCGGUAGAAAGAAUCAUUUUCGAUGACGAUUGUCGGAUCUGAAUUGUCGAUUCACAACCGAAUUCUCAUGGAUUGAACAUACAAAAACCCUAAUUUCCGAGUCCUCUGUCGUUCAAAACCGCAUUUCGGGAGUGAUGAUUCAAAAUUAAAAUCCCGGAAGUAUUCUAAUUUAGAUUUAGAAAAAAGGGUUUGUGGAAUUGAGUAACGUAAAGAUGGGAUCGAGAGAAGAGAGACAUCAACAUCAUGAUCUUGUCCCCUUAGCUGCAUUGAUUAGUAGAGAGAUGAGAAGUGAGAAAAUGGAGAAACCAACUGUUCGUUAUGGAUAUGCAGCUCAAUCAAGAAAAGGAGAAGAUUACUUCAUGAUGAAAACCGAUUGCCAAAGAAAUUCUGGUCAUCAAUCAUCAAGCUUUUCAGUUUUCGCUAUAUUCGAUGGUCAUAACGGGAAUGCUGCAGCAGUUUAUUCAAGGGAUAAUCUUUUAAACCACAUCUUGAGUGCGAUUCCUCGUGGUCUUGGACGUGAAGAGUGGCUUCAGGCAUUACCUCGGGCAUUGGUUGCAGGUUUUGUGAAGACCGAUAAGGAGUUUCAAAGAAAAGGUCAAACUUCUGGAACUACUGCUACUUUUGUAAUUGUUGAUAGAUGGACUGUAACAGUUGCUUCGGUUGGAGAUUCCCGUUGCAUUCUUGAUACACAAGGUGGUGCUGUGUCUGUUUUGACUGUUGAUCAUAGACUUGAAGAGAACGAAGAGGAAAGGGAACGUGUAACGGCUAGUGGUGGAGAAGUAGGGCGGCUGAGUAUUCUUGGUGGGGCCGAGAUUGGUCCCCUUCGUUGUUGGCCAGGAGGGUUAUGUCUUUCAAGAUCAAUCGGGGACAUGGAUGUUGGAGAAUUUAUUGUCCCAAUACCGUACGUAAAACAAGUGAAGUUGUCAAAUGCUGGUGGAAGGCUUAUAAUCGCGUCUGAUGGCAUCUGGGAUGCCGUGUCAUCUGAGAUGGCUGCAAAAUCUUGUCGUGGUUUGCCUGCUGAACUCGCUUCUAGGCAAGUAGUCAAGGAAGCAUUGAGAACAAGGGGAUUAAGAGAUGAUACAACCUGUAUAGUUGUGGACAUAAUUCCGCCUGACACCACAAUGCCGCCACCAUCUCCACCACGUAAAAAGCACAGCAAACUCCGAUCCUUCUUCUUCAGAACAAAGUCCCAUGGUUCCACUAGUAAACUAUCCAAAAAACUAUCUGCUGUAGGCAUCGUUGAGGAACUUUUCGAAGAAGGUUCAGCCAUGCUUGCAGAAAGGUUGGGGAACGAGGAGAAUGGCGGUUCAUCAACAACGGGUCUUUUCAUGUGUGCGGUUUGUCAGGUUGACUUAGGGGCAAGUGAAGGGAUAUCGGUUCAUGCAGGUUCUAUCUUUUCAACAAGCUCAAAGCCAUGGCAAGGUCCAUUUCUUUGUGCUGAUUGUCGUAAUAAGAAAGAUGCUAUGGAGGGAAAGCGACCUAGUGGAGUGAAAGUUACUUAGCUGAUUUAUUUGAGGUAGAUGAUUGAUUUGAAUCUAAAGGUGGUGUGACACCAUGAUGUAUAUGUGGUAAUUGGUAAUAAUGUUUUAAUGAGUUGUGUAGUGUAUGAUGGAAAUUUAGGAUUGAAGAGUGUUUAUUGUUUGGUAAGAUGUUGAUAGAAAUUUAACAAAUUUUGUAGGGGGUUGAGUUAACAAUAAGCGAGUUAGGAACAUUGAUUGUUUCGGGUGUCUUUGUUUAUGGUAUUAAAAACGAUUUGUUUGUGAUUA